AUGGGGCAUGGUGGAGGGCAGCAGGUGCCGGUAGAGGGUGAAGUGGGCAGGUGGGGGCCUGGGGCGGCCUGGGCCCAGCCCAUGGUCCACAACCCCUUCUCAGGCCACCACCAAGGCCAGAGCCGCCUGCCCGCCUGCUCGGCCCAGUGCUACCUCGGCCGGUCCAGCACGCUGGGCACCGUGAUCCCCCUGCUCCCAGGAAGACCACCUUUCCCAGUGAGCCAACUGCCUGCGAGCAAGAACGGGGCCAGCACCCUCCCCCCAAACGGCCCUGCUGUGACCCCAGAGGAGCCCUUGGUCCUCGUGUCUCCGUUCCCCGCGGCGCCAGGGCCCACGCUGCGCCGACCCCUUUUCAGUCUGGAGCUGUCGGACGCGGAGGACGCCUUCCCGUGCCGCGCGGGGCCGCUGGAGGUCCCGGCUGACAGCCGCAUGUUCGUGCAGGCGGCCCUGGCCCGUCCUUCCCCGCGCUGGGCCAUGGCCCUGCACCGCUGCUCGGUGACACCAUCCUCACGCCCGACCCCGGGUCCCGCCCUGGCGCUGCUGCGUGGGGGCUGUUCCGCCGACUCCUCGGUCACCUUCCCGCCACCGCGGCCGCUCCCAGGUGCCGCUCGCCCCGCGCGCUUCAGCUUCCGCCUGCGCCAGGUCUUCAGCGCCUCUGUGCAGUUCCCGCACUGCCAGCUGAGCCGCUGCCGCCGCCUCCGGGAGCCCGCCAGACGCCUGCCCGGGGCCCUGACGUCCCCGCCUCUUGCCUCCCCCUCCUCCCAGUGUCUGCCUCAGGAUGAGGCGUGCGCGGGCGCCGGCAGUGGCCGCGAUGAGAGUCUGGGUGCCGACAGCCCUCACCUGCACACGCUGACGCAGCCCAUCAUGGUCACGGUGCCGCGGCUGCCCCCCAGGCCACCCAAGGGCAUCCCUGGCAGUGCCGUGAGACCCGAGCCUCCCGCGCCGGCCCCGGGGGUCCUGGAGCCCGCGCCGAUGGUAGCACUUGUCUUGGCCGCCUUCGUGCUGGGCGCCGCUCUGGCCGCCGGGCUCGGCCUCGUCUGUGCUCACUCAUCGCCCCCGCCCCGCGGCCCGCCCCCGAGAGCCUCGCACAGCGGCCCCACGCCCAGGAGGCCCCAGUGAGGCAGCGGCCGCCGUAACCCCGCCCACUAGGGAAACGGCCCC